GAAGGUUCUGGUGGCGCGCGGGGCACUGUGGGGCCGCCGCGAUGAUGCCAACACCGGUUAUCCUGCUGAAGGAGGGCACGGACACCUCCCAGGGAAUCCCCCAGCUGGUCAGCAACAUCAAUGCCUGCCAGGUGAUCGCCGAGGCCGUGCGCACCACGCUGGGGCCGCGCGGCAUGGACAAGCUCAUCGUGGAUGACCGGGGCAAAGCCACGAUCUCCAACGAUGGUGCCACCAUCCUGAAGCUCCUCGACGUCGUCCAUCCGGCCGCCAAGACCUUGGUGGACAUCGCCAAAUCCCAGGAUGCAGAGGUUGGUGAUGGCACCACGUCGGUGACUCUGCUGGCAGCCGAGUUCCUGAAGCAGGUGAAGCCCUACGUGGAGGAAGGGCUGCACCCCCAGAUCAUCAUCCGUGCCUUCCGCACGGCCACGCAGCUGGCUGUGAACAAGAUCAAAGACAUCGCUGUUUCCGUGAAGAAGGAAGAUAAAGAUGAGCAGAGGAGCCUCCUGGAGAAGUGUGCAGCCACAGCCCUGAGCUCCAAGCUGAUCUCCCAGAGCAAGGAGUUCUUCUCCAAGAUGGUUGUCGAUGCUGUCAUGAUGUUGGAUGACUUGUUACAGCUCAAAAUGAUUGGAAUAAAGAAGGUGCAAGGAGGAGCUCUGGAAGACUCGCAGCUGGUGGCCGGAGUUGCCUUCAAGAAGACCUUCUCCUACGCUGGGUUUGAGAUGCAGCCCAAGAAGUACCAGUCCCCCAAAAUUGCCCUCCUGAACGUGGAGCUGGAGCUCAAAGCUGAGAAGGACAACGCUGAAAUCAGAGUCAACACGGUGGAGGAUUACCAGGCCAUCGUGGAUGCCGAGUGGAACAUCCUGUAUGACAAACUAGACAAAAUCCACAAGUCAGGAGCCAAAGUUGUCCUGUCCAAACUUCCCAUCGGGGACGUGGCCACGCAGUACUUCGCAGACAGGGACAUGUUCUGUGCCGGCCGCGUCCCGGAGGAGGAUCUCAAACGGACUAUGAUGGCCUGUGGUGGAUCCAUCCAGACCAGUGUCAAUGCCCUGACAGAUGAUGUUCUGGGCCGGUGUGAACUCUUUGAGGAGACUCAGAUUGGGGGAGAGAGGUACAACUUCUUCACAGGCUGCCCCAAGGCCAAGACCUGCACGAUAAUCCUGCGGGGGGGAGCGGAGCAGUUCAUGGAGGAGACGGAGCGGUCCCUGCACGAUGCCAUCAUGAUCGUCAGGAGGGCCAUCAAGAACGACUCGGUUGUCGCCGGCGGUGGCGCGAUAGAGAUGGAGCUUUCCAAGUACCUCCGGGACUAUUCCAGGACCAUUCCAGGGAAGCAGCAGCUGCUGAUCGGCGCUUACGCCAAGGCCCUCGAGAUCAUUCCCCGCCAGCUCUGUGACAACGCCGGCUUUGAUGCCACCAACAUCCUGAACAAGCUCCGAGCCAAGCACGCGCAGGGCGGGAUGUGGUACGGGGUGGACGUGAACAACGAGGACAUCGCGGACAACUUCGAGGCGUGCGUGUGGGAGCCGGCCGUGGUGCGCAUCAACGCGCUCACCGCCGCCUCCGAGGCCGCCUGUCUCAUCGUGUCCGUGGACGAGACCAUCAAGAACCCCCGCUCCACCGUGGAUGCCGCUCCCGGAGGCCGCGGCCGGGGCCGGGGCCGCCCCCACAACCACUGAGACCCCUCCCUCUCUCCCUGCCGCGACGGCGGCGACUCCCGCGAUGAAUCCCCGCGUUAAUUAACGGGCUCGUCGGCAGAUGGUCAGCUUCGGGCUGUGUUAAUUAGAGUCACGUCUUGGCCGGGGCAGCCACAGCCCCCUGUGGGCUGCCCUGCCCCGAACGUUUCCCACACAGCACUGAUCCCCUCGGGCUCGCCUCGGCGUUCCGCUCGGGAAUGCCUUCCCUCUCCCGGUGCGGCGAGGAUGGGCUCUGCUCCUAUUUAUACUGGUUUAUCAUCCUGCCUGCUGGGGAGGGGCUUGGGCCCGGCCCCCAACACAAUAAAAGGAUGAGUUUGUCUCGGUGGCAAA